UGCUCCCCCAUCUUCCCCUUCUUACGCUUUAUCUGUGUUAUGCCUCACUGACUCGGACCCAAAGCCAUGGACGACAUCCUGUCUCAAGUCUUUGACGCAUGCAGGCUCGCCAGAGAACUGGAGACCAGCCUCCGCCUGUCCAACGUCCCGACCGAUCCCCACUACCUCUUGGGCUCCUGCGAGGAGAUCGUCGGCGCCUUCAACGAGGCCAUCCGCCGGUUGCACGCCGGAAAUCUGUCUUCCUACCCCUCCCAAAUGCUCUUAGGGGAGGCCCCGGGUUCCCGGCUGGACCCCGGCGCCGGAGAAGGAAGCUCGCGCGGCACGGGUUACAUGCAGGUGGCCAAUGGUCUGAGAACACCGGUGGUGGGGGCGUGGGGGCUGGAAAUCAACUCGGCCGCUCCCAUGGGGCCCUCGAGCUAUCCCGGCACACCGAAUACGGGCGUGGAGUCAUUCGUCGGCGGCGGCGGUGAGCCUCGAUCGGGUGCGGAGAGACCGUUGUCCGGGCGGAGAGCCGACGGGUCUUUGCCGCACAGAUCUCCGAGGACGAGGAUGGACGACGGCACGGUGACGAGGAGGGUGCCGGCGCUUCGGACGGGGAACAUGGAGAUGCCUCCUGACGACGGCUACACCUGGAGGAAGUACGGACAAAAAGACAUACUCAAUUCCAGGUUUCCCAGGAGUUACUACCGUUGCACUCACAGGAGUUACUACGGCUGCGAGGCAAAGAAGAAAGUGCAGAGGCUCGACGACGAUCCAAACACGUUCGAGGUCAUCUACUGUGGCACUCACACAUGCCAGACCUCUCCGACUCCCAUCCUGAUCCCCACCCUCGUACCCAGCGCCAUCGGCAACAACAUGAACGACAACGACAACGACGAUGGCGGCGGCGGCGGCCACCAGCAGGGAGCGUCACCGCAGUCUGCUUCGAUUCAGCUGCGCAACUGGCUCGAGGGCAAUCCGAGGAACACAGGAACCCUCCUAAUUCCACGGAGUGGAGCUGGUGGCAGCACCAGCAGACAAGUAGGACAGCAGCAGGGUGGUAGAGACAUAGACGGUUCCGUGGCAGAACUCGCGGACGCCAUGUUCAAUUCUGCGAGCAGCGGCAGUAGCAUGGAUGCCAUCUUCUCGCCGAGGCAAGGAAGCUUAUAAGCGUGAUCCAUCAUGAAAGCUAUAGGAUUUAGAUAGCAGACGCAUUCUUUUUGGCCAAGCUUUCCUUUUUCACUAUACAAAUCUAUGCUAGAUUUGUUUUGCUGUCUCGACAUAAAUCCACACCUGAAGUUCUUCAUAUUUAAAGCAUAGUUUUCUUUGUCUUUUCA